AUGAAGCUGGUAAUACUUUUAAUUACAAAUUUGGCAGCGCUUAUAUCAUGUCAACGUAUACAACAGGACCAAUAUCCAUUUCCGCCGCAAUUUCAAACUCCCGGUUCGGGUAUGAUGGUAUCGGAUAGUUCAAUAUAUUUGCCACCUGAAUCACAUACCCCAAUGCCUUAUUUCUCAGUCAAUAACAUGAACAAGCUGCCGUUCCAACUUUUACCGCCUAGUGGGACUAAAGUGCCGUCAGUAUAUCCUACCCUACGACCCAGUUUUGAUGAUGAUGAAGAAGAAGAUGAUAAUGAUGACCAUGUGAAACAAAUUCAGAUUACCUCACCGAGACCUAUGUUCAAACAACAAAGUAAACCGAAGAAUGUUACGGAAUCUAAUCAAGAAAAACGAGAGACAAGAGCAAUUCCUAAAACGUUUGAUUUUCAAUCACAGCCACAAAAUAAAAUGGAUAGAAAGCAAUUCGCGCCAGUACAACAUAAUUUGCUAACUCAAGAGCCGCCUAACCAAAACUUAGCAGCAAGACGAAUGAUAUUGACAAGUGAGAUUCAACGAAACGAUGAUCACCUGAAAUCAUAUUCAUCUUCACAAUAUUCACAGCUUCCCAAUAUUUUUUUUUCAUCAACAACCGAACCCGCUAUACCAAUCUUACGUUUAUCUAAUGAGAUGGAUUUAGAUGGAAGUUUUAGCUAUGAGGCUUUAGGUGCAGACCAGACCCAUUACGUGCAACAUAGUCGCAUGGAAAAUAUGGGCUCUGGAAAAGAAGAGCAAGUUGUAGAAGGUUCGUACUCUUAUGUCGGUGAUAAUGGGCAGACGUAUACUGUCCAUUAUGUAGCAGACUCUAAUGGAUACAGAGCCAGUGGCGAUCAUUUACCAUCACCUCCACCAAUACCAGAAAUUAUACAAAGAGCUAUUCAAUACAACUUGGCUGAAGAAGCAAGAAGACCUCCGCAUUUAAGAGGUUCAUGGGAAGAAAAUGAUUCAGAAAGAGAAAAUAGCGGUGAAGAUAAAGAAUUUCACUAUCCUCUUCCACCAACUCGAAACUUAUUUACUGGUAGGACACCAGAAGCGUUUUCAUAUGGGUUUUCGCCGAACGGUAACAUUCAAAAUAAUCAACCGGUUACAUCAGCCAGCACUCUUAUUCCCAAAACAAGCUUCGAUAUAGCGGUUGAAUUAAGCAAACAAAAAGCGAACUCUGGACCGAUAUCACCUCAAAUAACAUUUGCAGCUUCUCAAGGAAACCAUAAUCCUUCUUCACCUACACAACAAGCUGCUACAAGAAAUUCACCUAAUGAAAAGCCAUCAUUACCACAAAUAAUGAACUAUGAAGCAAGUUCAAGGGAAAUUGAGCAAGAAAAUAAGCCACUAUGGAGAUGGCAAUAUGGUAUGAACGCAAAUAGUGCUGAACAAAAUCCCAACAAAGACACAAUAUCUCGGUCAUUCGCAGAAGGAGAUGACGUCAUAAUUAACUUCAACGAUAUGACACCACAACAAUAUACUGACAUGAUCCAAAGCCAAAUAUUCCAACGAUCUGAAGGUGAAACAUAUAGUAGUAACAUGCAGAAAACGUUUUCGAAACAAACUCCAAAUUCGCUAAUAUCAGAUAAAGCACAGUACAUCACUAACCAAAUUAAAAACUUUAACAAUAAUGAGCAAAACCGCCAAAUAUAUGUAACACCGAAGAAUGAUAUUCACGAAAGUGCCAAUAAGAAUUAUUUCAAAGACCAUAGCAGCAAUCAAUUUCAGAAUCAACCAACUGUAGAUGGUGGAUAUUCUACUGUAAAACAAGAAACUGUUACAUCUACAAGUACUGAAAAUAUCAAUACUCAAUCUGCUAUAGAAAAUUAUAAAAAAUUUAAUGAAUAUAACACAGAAAAUAAAAUGCAAACUAAUGUAAGAACAGAUCCGUACUCAGGAUUAGUCCGGCAGCAAAACUUCCUACCCCCAAGUCAGUUAGUAACACGAUCUUAUGAUUACGAGGACAUAGCAUAUGAACCUAAAAGGAUUUACGAAUCUUUAGACAUGCACUAUAAGAAUAAAGAAAAGCUGAAUACCCAAAGGGAAAAUAACGUACCGCCAAGUCAAUACUGGUAUUCAACAGAAGCAAUAACAAAAACUACAACAGCAACUCCGUACCAAUACAGUACAUUAAAUAAUUUCCAUGUAUCUACUGCAGGAUACAACGAAGAAAGCAGUAGCUUUAGACCGAUUAAUAAACAUUUAACGAAAGAUUCCAAAAAACAAGAAAUAACGACAACCGAGAGAACUAUGGAUGAAUUGUUACAAGAAAAUAUUUUUUUAAAAAACAUAGUACGGGGAAAAAAGGAAGAAAAUGUUCAAAAAGACGUAACAGAACGUAAAGAACAAGAACAUUUAAAUUUAAAUAGGGAAGUCAAAAUUGAAAAGCCAACUAAACACAUCCAGUCUUUGCUUAAACCGCAAAGCGAAGUAAAAACGUUAAAGAAAAAACUAGAUAUAAAUGAUGUACUGAAUUAUAUAGCAAUGAAGAAUAGCUUUGAGCUAGGAAAGACAAAACCUAAGACCUUCUCUAGUGCGAAUAGUUAUCAAAGCAAAGCGACACCGCUUAACUUUAUACCUCUUAGAGAUGAGAAAGAGGAAGAAACAGAAAAAGCAGAACAAGAAAACAGUACACAUCGUACAUUUAGUCAACAACAAGAUGAAUUACAAGGAAUGAUAAGAAAUUAUAAAGUGCUUCAACGGCAAAGAAACUCUGCUCAGAACUCAGGUGAUAACCAAUAUACGGAUUCACAACAGAGGCAUGUCAAAAUUUUCCACUCCGACAGUCUUCCCCCCCUGGGCCGAGCUGGACCCUCCAUGAAGAGCUAUCUGCCCCCAGCAUAUUUAUGA